AUGUAUAUUUUACGAUUACUCUAUGUACAACUAAUACUAAAGUUCAUCGAAAGAAAUGGAUCACAAGAAAAGAAUCCGUACAAAUAUAUUCUCUACGGAAUACUGAGUAAUAUGAAACAGUCCGCCAAGGUACUGUCCGCAUCCUGUGAAAAAGUCAUUUCUUAUUAUUCUUCACUUGUUCAUUACGUAACUGAAUCUAUUUUUGUGGACAUUUUGAAGGACGAAAAAAGGAGUGAUGAGUUGUAUUAUAGAAUUGCCACCCUGCAGGGGCGGCGUACUUCUUGCCUCAUCAAGGAGUACAUGAAGGUUGUUGCCGCAUAUGAACAGAAUGAAUUCGGAAAUGAGGAAAGCGUCGACGUGCAAAUAUCCAUUUAUUUUAAUAAGAAGGUUUUAGAAAAUACACAGCACCAAUAUGCGCUGCGACACUCAUAUCACUUGUGUUUGUUCAUGUAG